AACCGAAUGUACUUCGUAGCCCCUGUUCAACAUCCAGAUUUCAGUCGCAAAGAUGGAAAGCCCACACGAGCAUCAGCAGAAUCUCCUGCUCUCGCGCAUCAUCACCAAUGUCGAGAAAUUGAAUGAAGCCGUCAUGGUUAUGAACAAGACUCUUCAGGAAAUCAACAUCCAGAACAUGAACGUUGAGCUGGUGGCACAGAUGUUCAAGAAUUACCAGUCAAAUGUGCUCUUCCAUCUGGAAGCGACGGACAAUUUAAAGGACCCGGCAUGA